AUGGUUAGCAAAUGGGUAAAAGCUCUAAAAAAUCAGCUUGACGACCUCAAAAACCGCAAGUCUCGUUGGGUUGGCGCUGAUAGGAAGGAGUUUUUUCCCGAAGAAGAAAACCAACUUUUUGCUUGGUUUCUUCAAAUGCGUGAGGCUGCCUUAGCUGUUACAUAUUAUGGUCUCAAAAUUGAAAUGUUGAAACUUGUCACUGAAACUGCUGCUAUCACAAAUGAUCCUGGAAAAAAAACCAUCGCGAACAAUUUCAAAGCUUCUUCGAAAUGGCUCAAAUGUUUUUUACACCGUUAUGACCUUACUCAACAAUAUUUGGAAGAUAUAGAAAGUGAUGCUUGUGUUGAUGAGAAUGACACAGAUAUGAUAGAUGAAGAGAUAGAAAAUAAUCAAAAGAAUAGUAAUGAGAAAAUUUAUGAAAUUGAUAUAAUAGAAGAGAAUGAAGAUGUUAUUUUUUUUGACGUGGAUAUGUAA